UCAUUAAUAUAAACUCUUGUAUUUUCUUGUAAAAAUCCCGGAUUUCCAACCUACAGAAGCCCUGUGUUGCCAGUGAAGCCUCACACUCAGAGAACGUACCUCCAGCUAAAAAGUGCUCGAGCUUCUGCUUUAAACAUGCUGUGGUAGCUUCAUUGUGAGAGAAACAGAUAACAGAAAUCCUACGAUGGGUUGUAAGGGCAAGCGAAGAAGAGAAAAAAAUUAUAUGAAGGCUCAUGGAGGACAUGCUCCUCUCGCUCCGCCUCCAACUGCAAAGGACAUGGAGGCUAUCCCCACCAAGCUUCGUCGGCUCCUCCAGUUGAAGAAUUCUACUCCGAAACUAUUACAAGGUCAGGGUGAUGGGAAACAUAGUCAAAAUAAGAACAGCAAUUCUGGAGACAAGAAACCAAAAGGAAAGGGGAAUGUAAAGAAGAAUCCAGUUAGUGUACCUGAUCCAGAGGACAAACUUGCUGGUGAAAUUAAAAAAUUACAUGCAAAGAUUGAAAAUCAAAAGAGUGUGUUGCGAAAAUCAGAAGUUCAAAGUGAGACAUCAAAGAGAAAAAGGAAGCGAGGAGAUGAAUUUCGUCUUCUUUUGGAGUGUCAAAAUUUGAUGACUCCUGAGAAGAGAAAGCGUGAUCGCAAGAAAAAGUAUUUGGAUGCCAAAAAGAAAAAGCAUAAGAAAGCAAAGAGUGAUGACGAUACAGACUUUCCCCAGCACGAGAAGAUAAAGUUUGGAGAGGUUGUAAGUGCUCCGCCAAAACUGGAGUUUCCAAAGAAGGCCACUGCAGAAAUCAAAAUACGCCAAGAUGUCUCACAAGAGAGGCUUCGAUUACAGGCUAUUGAAAACUAUAGGCAGCGCAAAGGGUGGACUUCCAGGCCUGGAAGUCAUGCUCCACCUAUAGAAAUAACUGGGUUAUUAUCAGAAGCAUAAAGAAAGACAAAUUUAUGUGCUCUUUGUGGAAAUGUUUUUGGUAACACCUCGUUUCUAGAGAUCGAAGAUCUAAUCUGUUUAUAUAGAGUUGUUUAUUGCUCUGGCUGCUGUUACAAGUGUGCAUUAUUCAAUAGUUCAGUAUAAAAUAAAAAAUUGAAAUUAGUAUACUUUUCUCCAGCAGAUGAAUUCCUUUUUAAGUAACUGAAGUGACGCUUCUGUGUAUUUUAAUUGCUUUUGUAUAAACAGGCCAAGGAUGUACAUUUGAUUCCAAGUCCUUCAGAAAUCUCUUUGCAGAUA